UUCCCGUCACCACUCGCCUUCCCUCUUUUGACGCCUUUUUUUUUAUCAUCAUCAUCAUGAGCUAUCAACUUUUCGGUAUGGAAAACCCCUUGUUGGACAUUCAGUGCACCGCCACUGAAGAGCUCCUCAACAAGUACAGUCUCAAGGCCAACAAUGCCAUCUUGGCCGAUGAAUCCCACAAGGCUUUGUAUGAUGAGAUUAUUGAAAAGUUCAACGUCGUGUACGUUGCUGGUGGUGCUACCCAAAACACUAUCCGUGGUGCUCAGUACCUGUUGCCUCCCAACUCCACCGUGUACACCGGCUGUGUCUCGGACGAUAAGUUUGCCGAGACCAUGAAGGCCGCUGCCGCCGCUGACGGUCUUCGUACCGAAUACCAAAUUACCAAGGAAGCUCCCACCGGUACCUGCGCUGUUUUGAUCACUGGUCACCAUCGUUCGCUCGUUGCCAACUUGGCUGCUGCUGAAAAGUUCAAAUACGAAUUACUUCGUCAGCCCGAGAACUGGAAGAAUGUGGAAAAUGCAAAGUACUACUAUGUCGGUGCUUUCUUCUUGUCUCACGAUGGUGGUUACGAGUCAGCUCUUGCUGUGUCCAAGUAUGCCGCUGAGAACAACAAGGUGUUUGCCAUGAAUUUGAGCGCUCCUUUCUUGGCUCAAUUCUUUAAGGACCGUCUUGACAGCGUGAUCAAGAACACGGAUAUCUUGUUCGGUAAUGAGGAUGAGGCCCGCGUGUACUCCAAGGAAGCCAAGUGGGACACCGACGAUGUCAAAGAGAUUGCAAAGAAGUUGUCCCAACUCGAGAAGAGCAACAGCCGUCCUCGUAUUGUUGUGCUCACUCAGGGUGCUGAGGAAACCGUUGUUGCCGUGGGUGACCAGGCUUACUCUUUCCCUGUGACCAAGGUCGAAGAUAAGGAUAUCGUUGACUGUAACGGUGCUGGUGAUGCUUUCUGUGGUGGUUUCAUGGGUCUGUAUGCUCAAGGUGUCGAAGAAAUCCCUCGUCUUGUGAAUGCUGGUCACUACCUUGCGCAUCUCGUCAUCAAGCGUGUCGGUCCUACCUAUCCUACCAAGGAAGAAAGAGAAGCUCUUCCCGAAUUCUAAGUGACUGGGCCAUAUUUUUUCUUGAUACCAUGGCCUGAUCCUUCUUUCUUUGUCUCUAAUCUACCAAAAAUGGUUCAACACCAUUGUCAUUGUUACGAAUGUUUUGCAUAUAUUAUCUUUUUUUUAGAGUUUGCAUUAUCGCUUCUUUCCCCCUCUAAGAAUAGCAACUGUACAAUAGUUUCAACACCUUUUGUGUCUAUAAAAAAAUCUUUUUUAUCAUCAUUUUUUUUUUUUUAAAAAAAAAGAGAGAAGCAAGAACAAAUUACUUGCAGGCGCGUUAUGCGAUGCAGAUGAUUGUAGAAGAACGGAUGAUCCGUCGGGUGGUGGUGUCAAUUUCAG